GCAAGCUGCCCGAGAGACCCCUUUCCAAGCUCUGUAUUUGUUGCAUAUAAAUAAGGCCCACUCGCAUGCUCUGUCUGUCUCUGAAAGCAGAGAAGAGAUAGAGAGAGAAGCAUGAAGAAGAAUCAGAUGGUGCACGUGUCAUUGUUCUUAGCGCAUGUGCUUCUUCUGAUCAGUCUUCAUGGUGCCUCUGGGAAAGAUUAUAUCUCUGCUGUGGGAGACCCAGGAAUGAGAAGAGAUGAACUGAGAGUGGCCUUGGAAGCUUGGAACUUCUGCAAUGAAGUUGGAGCUGAAGCACCUGGCAUGGGCAGCCCAAGAGCUGCUGAUUGCUUUAAUCUCACAAGUUCUUCUAUAAGACAUGGAGUGAGCGAAGAUGAUAACAAACUCGGGGUGGGCACACCAUUCCCAGGGAUUAGCCAUGGGGCUUUGAACAAUGUAGACCUUUAUGCAGCAGAGAAGGAGGUGUAUCUGGGUUCUUUAUGUCAAGUUUCAGACUCUCCAAAACCAUGGCAAUUUUGGAUGGUUAUGCUGAAAAAUGGCAACUUUGACACAAGGUCUGGUUUGUGCCCUGCAAAUGGGAAAAAGGCAGCUCCUUUCAGUCCGGGAAAGUUUCCUUGCUUUGGGAGUGGGUGUAUGAAUCAACCCAUUGUGAAUCACCAAGAGACAGAGUUGUUGGAUGGUGAUACAAUGAGAGGAAGUUUCAGUGGGUCCUAUGAUCUGGGAUCUGAUCUCAGUAAUGGAAAUGGUGGAGCUGAUGGGAUAUCUUUCUAUGAGGUGGUUUGGCAGAAGAAACUUGGUGUUGGAAGUUGGGUUUUCAGUCAUAAGCUCAAGACUUCAAAGAAAUAUCCAUGGCUGAUGCUGUACCUCAGAGCUGAUGCAACCCAAGGAUAUUCUGGAGGCUAUCACUAUGAUACAAGAGGAAUGCUCAAAACACUUCCAGAGUCACCAAAUUUUAAGGUGAGGUUGACUUUGGACAUCAAACAAGGAGGAGGACCCAAGAGCCAGUUUUACCUUAUUGAUAUUGGUAGCUGUUGGAAGAACAACGGCCAACCCUGUAACGGGGAUGUGCUGACCGACGUAACCAGAUACACGGAGAUGAUCAUAAACCCGGAAACUCCAGCUUGGUGCAGCCCCACAGGUUUGGGGAAUUGCCCACCAUACCAUAUUACACCAGAUGACAGAAAGAUUUAUAGAAAUGACACAGCCAACUUCCCAUACUCAGCUUAUCACUACUACUGUGCUCCAGGGAAUGCCCAACAUUUGGAGCAACCUGUAAGCACAUGUGACCCUUACAGCAAUCCUCAGGCACAAGAGAUAAUGCAAUUGCUGCCUCACCCCAUAUGGGCUGAAUAUGGCUAUCCAACCAAACAAGGGCAGGGUUGGGUUGGAGAUGCAAGAACUUGGGAGCUUGAUGUUGGUGCCCUAUCCAGUAGACUCUACUUCUAUCAGGAUCCAGGCACCACUCCUGCAAGAAGGAUAUGGGGAUCAGUAGAUGUGGGUACAGAAAUUUUUGUUAGUGACAAAGAUGAAGUGGCAGAGUGGACUCUCAGUGACUUCGACGUAAUUUUUACACCCAAGAAGUAAUUCAUAAUUCCACAUCCAUAGCAGCAUUUUUUCUCAAACUUUUUUCAUCUUUUUAAUUGUUUUUUUCUCCAAAUAUAUAGAUCUAGUCUUCUAGAGUUUUAGACCAAAUGGAAAGAAAUGUGUUAGUUUCAUAAGGGUGACGAGACUAGGAAGAAACCGGAGCAAGCAAAUCCCGUAAGGGUAGCUUUAAAGCUUCAACUUCUUUUUUUUUUUUUUGGUCAAGAAAGCUUCAACUUCAAGUCAUUGUGAAAAGCCAAUUCUCAAUGUCAUAAGGAGAUCAAAUCAAAUCUGUCGCCAAAUACAAGUGGUAUUUUCUUAGUGUGAAACCCAAUAAACUUGUGAAAUUGCCUUC